AUGAGCUCCUUCUGUUCCUCCACCGCCGCAACCAGUGUUGAUGCAGCGCCGGCGCAGGAAGACGUACCAGAAGUACGACGUGUCGACUCGCUCUACAGCCCACACGAUGUCUGCGAGGCGGCCGUAGACUACGUGCUGCGCAAUGUGAACACGAUUCAAUACAUGAUUCAGAGCAUCGAAGAGAUCACAGGCAAGCCCUUCCUGCGCGAUCGAAUUAAGUGCCUGCCCCUCGCUCCGCGUAAUGGGGCCCCUUGUGUUUCCACGAGGGGGCUUACCCCAGAUCGUGUGUAUGCAGGCUAUAUCUGGCGUAGUGGCCGCUCCGACUGCCAGGCCAAAGAUGUCGUGCUGCUGGAGGAUCACGUUGCCCGCCUUUUUAGCACGAAGCACGCGGCGACCUUCUUAAAGAAGGAAAAGGGGGACAACGAGUGCACGUUGUUGUCACCGUCGACAUCGAGAACUGCUGCUGCGGCGGCAUCUUCGCCAUCCACAACCGCCUCACCACCUCAGCUGGAGCGCCUUCUUGUGGAAUCGCAGCUGCCGGUGCUGGAGCAGGUGGAACGCAGCAUACGCCAUGAGCUUGUUCAUGCCUUUGACGAUGCUCGAGGCGCGAUUGAAUACUCCGACUGCAUGCAUCAGGCCUGCAGCGAGAUUCGCGCGGCACGCCUAAGCGGUGACUGUUUCGUUGGUCAAGAGAUGCGAAAGGGUCGCUUUAACUUCUUUGAGGGUGGGCAGAAAUGCGUUCGCCGCCGCGCCGUCAUUGCGGUCGAUCGCAAUCCAGUGUGUCGUGGCUUCUCUGAGCGCGCAGUGGACACAGUGUUUCGGAAGUGCUACUCGGACUACGAACCUUUCGCAGCGCCCAUCUAUUCCCUCGGGAGCUACGGCCACGCCCAGUUUGCUAAUGGCACACUGAAGCCGUGA